AUGUAUUAUGAGCGGUUCUUUGAUACAUUUGAUGAUAUUAGGAAUAUUCAGGAGGAGGAGGAAGAGGAAUACAGGGAAUACAGGGAAUCCAUGGAAUCCAGGGAAUACAGGGAAUGCAGGGAAUACAGGGAAUACAGGGAAUGCAGGGAGUACAGUGAAUACAGGGAAUACAGGGAAUCCAGGGAAUCCAGGGAUGGAUCCAGGGAAAAGGAUGAAGAAAUCUCUAAACUCCAAGCUAUCAUCAACUCUACAAUACAGGAGAAGGAUGAGAUCAUCGCGACCUUGAAAGAUCAGCUUGAAGCUGCUCUCAACCAGAAAAAAGUUGUAGAAAUAUCAAAUCCUGUAAAACAGUCUCCAGCUGAAUCACCGCAUAAGAAAAAGUACAAACUGGUUCCAGAUCAAAGGCUCCGAAAAAUCCCUAAAUCUAAAGCAACAAUUCAAAAGCCGAUAAAAGAUACAGAGUUUGAUCUCCAUGAGGAUAUGGACAAGAUGAUAGACGGCAUUCAAAAGGAUCUAGAUAAAACGAAGGACAAUUUCCAGAAGGAUUUGGAUAGAAUGGAGGACAACCUCAUCAAGGAUCUGGAUAAGACUAAAGAAGACCUCCAAAAGAAUCUGGAUAGGACAAAGGACGACCUCCAGAUGGAUCUUGAUAAGACGGAGGACGACCUUCAGAGGGAUCUUGAUAAGACGGUGGACGACCUCAAUGAAGAUCCUGACUAUGAUGUUGAUGUCCCUGAUUCGCUUCAACAAGUUUCUUCAGAUGCAGAAAAUGAAACUGAAAAGGGAAAAGUAAAGUCAGGAGAUCCCAGUGCCCUGUUUGCCUGGCAAUUAAUCAAUUUAAUCAUGAAAUCAUUUGUUAAAGUAGAUCUCAUUGCCCUGUUUGCCUGGUAA